UAUACUAAACUCUCACAUUGGUUGUAGAUUUGCUUUAACUGCAGGAAGCCUGGUCACGGGCUCGCCGACUGCCCAGAAGCAGAUAACGAUGAAGAGAUGGGCCGCGGUAUUUGUUAUCGCUGUGGUUCAACUGAACAUGAGAUCCAGAGAUGUCGCGCUAAAGUGGAUCCUGCCAUGGGUAAUUACCCGUACGCCAAAUGCUUUAUCUGUGGUCAGACUGGUCAUCUGUCCAAAGCCUGUCCUGACAACCCAAAAGGACUGUAUGCUGCAGGCGGUUGCUGUCGGGUUUGUGGCUCAGUGGAACACUUUCAGAAAGAUUGUCCUGAACACCAGAGCUCAACUAAUUCUAUCACUCUUGGCCGGCUGUCCAAUAGAAUCAGCGCUGACCACGAGGACGUACAUGUGCCUGUGAAGAAAGCACAACCCAAAAAAGACAAGGUGGUGGUGUUCUGAUCCACAGCUGUUGGGGGGAAAUCUAGAAAUGGACCUUUUAACCGCUAAUGUCUUCACCAAUAACUGUUUGCCAUGGAUGUUUUUACACACAAAAGUGACUCUUCCUGUCUUUAGGCCAUUUACUUGCUGUAAAAGAGCCUUGUGAUGCCUGACCCUUGUGGACAUCACAAAUGUACCUGAUCUAAAGAUUGAAUUAAUGGAUUGUGUUUUAAUGCUGAAGCCUCAAACAUUGAGAUAAUUUGAAUAUGAAAAGCAGCAUUUAUUUACUGGACACUUUUGUACAAAUAUACUCUAUAAAAAUGGCUUUUCUGUGAUGGUAUAUUAUAUUAAUAGGAACAAUUGUAUAAAUAUGCAUUCUCCCAAUAAACUUUGGGUUUUCUCACAAAGCCACACCACAGCUAUAACGAUAACACGGAGGAACUAUAUUAUUGCAGUCACUUUCAGAACGAUUUUUUCCCAGCUAAUGAAUAAGAACAUUGACAGCCAGACCACACAUUAAAGUGUGUGAGCAUUUAAAUCGACAAGACAGCAUCACACACUUAAGUUAAACAGAACAUUGUCUGUUGGUGUGGACUGUAAUAUAGUUUUUGUUUUUUAUAGUAAUCGUUCUUGGUGUGAUUGGGCCUUAAAAACAAUAUGCUGAGAUAGAUACUUCUUAAAAUUGCUUAAAGGGUUAAUUCACACAGAAAGGACCCUCUAUUGACAGCCAUUCUUUUUUUAUUUUAUAUGAAUAAAAGCCUGAAUUAAAUCUAAUCCUCAUAUAAAGCGAUUAAGUCUUCAGAAAAUUUGGACUAAACCACUCACUUCAUAUGGAUUAGUUUUAGAUAUAAUUUUUAAUGUGUCAGUUGCACGGCUGUCGAUGGAGGAACAAAGCUCUCA